AUGUUCGCCUCGCUGCUUCGUCCAAAACUUCGGCGUGGGCAGACCGAGCAGUCCCCAUUCUCGACCCCCUCCCCGUGGACUCGCGCGCGCAACCCGCGACGCGUCUCCCGAGCCGACGAAAGCAGCGAUGAUGCCCCAGAGCUUCAAGAAAUCGAUGAAGAGGACAUGGAUCAGGACUGGGAGGAAGAGGAAGAGGACGGACCACUGGAAUCUACACCUCUACUGCCCAUGUUCUCUGCGUCGCAUUUAGAUGCACUGCCUGUUUACAACAUAACCCACGCCAUCCGGCCCUUGAUCGCCUCCCGUUGCGAAACCACCCUCACAUGGGACCAAUUACGCUCGCCGCAGGUCUCCCAGUUCUUGAUCAAGCCGAUCCUGCAGAAGAUCAUGUCGGCCCACUUUUCGCGCGCGACUCUCUAUGCAUUGAUGGCCAAUUGUCUGCAAUUCGAGAGAGAAAUACACCUAAGUCCCGGAAAUAGCGGGGCAAAUCAAACACGGGCAAUGGUCAGUGAACUGUUAGCGAUAAAAUUAUUGCGGGAAUACUCGACCCGAGAAUUGAUCGAUGCACUGUCCUACGAGUUCUAUCCACUCCAGGGCCAGGAUCAAUCCACAGUACUAGGCGCGGGCCCCCAGCGGAAACGGGUGGUUGCUGCUCGUGUUUCAUGUUUGGAGGUCGCUAUUCGCUCGCAGGCCAAGCGGUUCUUGGCCCAUCCGGUCGUGGUACAACAAUUGGAGGCUAUCUGGGCGGGGACGGUUGUCUUCCACUCUGCCGCCGACAAUCUCCAUCGUCCUGUGGACGCGAGCCAAGGUAGUAGAAACCUGGAUUAUGGGACGGCAAUGGAUCCCAAUUGGAAUAUUGCGACCGACUCGAGCAACAAGACACUUCGGCGCUCAGUGACAAUCUACAACCCCCGGGACGCAUCUCUGUUCAAAUUAUCACGGCUGAGGGUGCCGCGCUAUCGACAAUUUCUUUCAACUCUAUCAUUUGCAGUACUCUUGGGACUGUUCCUGGCUGUUCUGGAACAGCGCAGCCGCAGGAUCACAUCCCUUGAGAUUGUAUUUUGGUUUUGGAGUGCCGGAUUCAUGCUUGAUGAAGUUGUUGGGUUCAAUGAGCAAGGCUUCAGUCUUUAUCUAAUGAGCUUUUGGAAUCUAUUCGACGUCGGGAUUCUGCUAUUGCUUUUCGCAUACUAUUGCCUGAGGAUAUACGGUACAUUUCUGACCUACCCUAGAAGUCAGUUCAUCGCCGACCAAGCAUUCGAUGUUCUCACCGCCACAGCUCCCUUGCUAUUUCCGAGACUGUUUUCCAUAUUGGAUCAUUAUCGGUACUUCUCCCAACUGCUCAUUGCUUUCCGGAUAAUGGCAUCAGAUCUGAUCGCCGUCUUCGUACUCAUCGUCAUUUCUUGCUCUGGCUUUUUUGUCGCUUUCUUGAAUUUUGGAGACAACAAAUCCCCCAAAGUGGUGGCUUAUGGUUUGUUCCAGAUGCUGAUGGGAUUUACGCCAACAGCAUGGGCAAUGUGGGAUGAAUACAACUUUUUAGGAAAAACGAUCCUGACGGUCUUCCUAUUCAUCUGUCAUUUUGUCGUCGUCACUAUCUUGAUCACUGUUCUGACCAAUUCCUUUAUGAGAAUUGUCCAGAACGCAAAUCAAGAACAUCAAUUCUUGUUCGCUGUCAAUACUAUUUCGAUGGUCAAGUCUGAUGCCUUAUUCUCCUAUGUGGCACCGACAAACGUCAUUGCUUGGCUAGUGACACCAUUCCGAUACCUGAUGCCAUUCCGUGAAUACAUUCGGCUCAACCGGACCAUUAUAAAGAUAACCCACUUACCCAUACUGUUCACAAUUUGCCUCUAUGAGAAGACAAUCCUCAGUUCUCGAGUCGUUCGGCCGAUAGAUUUAAUUGAAUCUAUGUCGCCGAAUGACAUCCCAGCUCAGCCCAGUCGAUUCCGUGGUUUCAGCACCAGGGCAUCUGUUUUUAGGCGAGAGCCCUCUGUGGCAACAUACCAGAAGGAUCGAGCGUUGGAGGAGGUGUUUCGACGCCCAUACAGUGAUGGCAGAGUCCGAGGGCCACCGAGCACUGUGCAUGAACGCCAGACCAAUAACGUCAUCAAAGACUGGAUGCAGGAGAUUGGCUCUGGGCCAGCCAAUGGACCCGAAGAUGGGGAUUCGCUAGUUGUGGACCAACAUGAGAUGCACCCGAAACGACCCAAAUUUCCAUUUCGGGCUAGACUGGCCAACCAACCUCGAAAUUUCACGGAAACGACCCGAUCAGUUGCUUCGAAUCCUGAGGACCGAACAAGCUGCGUUGCAAGCCCAGUCAUUCGGCCUCGGCGCACAAGACCAUCUGUCUCGCCCACUCAGAAACGACAACUUUCCCAUCAUACAGACAUGGAGGGCGAUGAUGAACUUACCAGCAACGAUGGUGACUCGAAUGAUGACAAAAACUUGGCCCCGGGGUCCUUGGGCAAGGCAUCAUCUAACUCGGUUGGAGGCGCAGAGAAGCCGUCGCCCAAGUUCUAUAGCUCUCGUCCAUCUACGGCAAGAAUUAUCUCGCGUCGCAACAGCCCUACACGUCGUGUCAGACAUACGCGGAAUGCUUCCGGGGUCACCAUGCUGUACAAUCCCGUUGGAUCUCCGAACGAAGAGACGGAAGGCCGGGACACACCUCCACGGCCAGAUACCGAUUCGUCCGAUGGAGAAUCACGUCCUGCCAUCUCUACCUCGGUAGACCAUGGUACCAUGAAGCGUCAUAUCCUAGACGCACCUCGUCCUCGGAAUCCUUCGAUUGGACUAAACCAUAUGUCUGUUCCCGAGAUGGACAGCGAUAACAGGGCCGUGGCGGGUGGCUUCGCCGGUGCCCUUCCGUCAAGUUUCCAGACCCAACUAGGGUUUGCCCCACCCGUUCUUCGUCGUGAAGCCCCAACCCAAACCAAAGACAUGCUUAGCAAAUUGGUUCUAGCUCGCAUGAAUAACAUCGAAGAAGGAUUCCGUGAGGUAAUCAAAGAAGUCAAAGAUCUCCGCCGCAGCGAGUCGAGUCGCAGUCCAAGUCGACCCGAUGAGUCCCGAGGGGCUACACGUGAGAAAAAGAAGCGUGACAAGAAAGACUCGAAGAAGAAAAGUGCUAAUUCCCCCGGAAGCCGAGCUGGCAGUGGUGGAAGCCCAUUCAAAGGAGAUGGGCCCGGCGGUGAUACCCGGCCAUCUACAUAA